UGAGUUCUCACGUUCCUUCCUUGCCGACGGGCGAAUCGUCGCCUGCCCAGACCGCAAGCGAACCGUUCUCGUUUCAACGUUAUAUCCAACAGUUUGACAACGGAAUGAAUGACGCUUCUCCCAAUGCUAGGGGGAUAGCUGAAGCCUUGGCGAUAGCCAAAGCCGCGGGAAAGAAGCGAAAGAGAGAAGCUGCGGAGGAGGCAGCAGGUCAAAAGCACCGUCUUCGGCUCAAGGCUCCCCACGGUCAGCAUCAGGUCAAUAUUGUACGCUAUCAGCAGCAAGAGCCGACACCGUUAUGGAUACCUCCCGGCGUUCAUUACAGCGGCACCCUCGAAGAACGUCUCACCCAAGAAAUCCUCGACUUUGUCCGCUGCAUGGAACCCACUCGUAAAGAGAUUGAAAGACGACAUGAGCUUGUAGCUCAGUAUGAAAAACUGAUUCAGACAAGACUCCGUGGGGCAAUGUUGCGCAUCUUUGGGUCGUUAGGGACAGAGCUUUUACUUCCCACUUCGGAUCUGGAUCUCGUCAUUUCCGAUCCCAACGGUCCUAAAGACCCCGGCAAGGAGCAAAUGAAGAAGGGGCUUGCACAGGUUGCGUCUACGAUCAAAAAGUCAGGACUACCGCGGUCGUUCGCGUUCAUUAAAAAUGCACGGAUUCCCAUCUUCAAGUUGACAGAUAAAGAGACGGCGUUUGACGUGGAUAUAUCCUACAAUAACACGACCGGCUGUGAUGCGAUCCCUGCUGUCAAAGGGCUUCUGAACGAGCUUCCUUCUCUGCGCCCUUUGGUAUUCGUUCUGAAGCAGUUCCUUCAUGUACGAGGUCUUAAUCGUGGAGAUAUAGGAGGUGUCGGUGGCUACGGGCUUGUCUGCUGGGUAGCUGGAUUUUUGAGGUUGCAUUCAGACAUCUUUGUCCAUCGCUACCCACGCAACCCAGCUGCUGAGGCAUCGUCGUCAAGUCAGGGUCCAUCCGCCUCUAGUGGACCUGGACUGGGCGUACUUUUUCUGGAUUUUUUGUUAAUGUUUGGAUUUUUGUUCGAUUACCACGAACAAGGUCUUGAUCCUGGUAACCCCGAUGGUGUAUGGUUGUUCAGGAAGCAGAAAAGAGAUUUGAAGUCUCCAGCGAAUUCGCACCUGCUGUCCAUUCAGGACCCGAGCAAUCGUCAUCAUGAUGUUGGUAAGACUGCUUCUAAAAUUAACGUGGUGACAUCACAUCUCGCGGCGGCCUAUGAUGCUUUGGUUGAGGCCGAUCGUAAACUUGGAGGGGAUGUGCAGCAUCGAACAAGGGUGUCCAUGCUGGGAAAGAUUUUGAAUGUGCAGUCUGAAGUUUUACUGUCUCGAGUGCCUCCACCUCUGAAUCGUAAGGCCAGCAAAAGGGCCAGGCGGGCAGCAGCAGCAGCAGCAGAAGCUGCUGAAGCUAGCAGGUUGCCUGGAGGCAGCCCGCAGGGUAGGGGGCCUUCAGAGCCUGGCUCCGAGCGUGUGAUAGCGGAUUUUAGGCCCAGUCACAAGGAGGGCAAACGCGAUCGUAGGCAGGUAGCGCUACCGCGUGGGAGGCCCGGACCCAGCCAGGACAACGCUGGAUAUAUGCAGGAGACAGGUCGUGCGAGACCGCAUGGCGGGACUCGAAGUGACGAUGUCUUUGGAGGAGGGAUGUCAUAUGGGGGUCCUUCUUUCUCUGGUAGGCCUCCUCCACCCAUGAUGGGCCCUCCCAUGAGAAGGGGUCCCCAUCCCAUAUACUCUCCCCAGGGUCCGCCUCUUCGUCCGCCUUACCCGGUAUACCCGCCUCCGGUAGAUUACAUGCCCGAGGCCAAGCGACGUCGGGGGGGUUAAUUAUUUGGGCAGGUGGAAAUAGACCUGGGAGGAUGAUUUUUCCUUUUUGUAUAGAUGUGUUGGUCCGCUAUAGUUUAACUUGUAUACAAGAGUGUGUAUAUGUAAUGUUUAAGAUAUCUGCCUUCGGCUACCCUAGAUCUCCCGG